AUGCAUCCAGACAAGACACCUGGGCCGGAUGGGUUAAAUCCUGCAUUUUACCAGAGAUUUUGGCACUUGAUUGGCAAUGAUGUUUCCGAUGGUUGUCGCAUAUGGCUUCAACAAGGUACUUUUCCUUCUUCUUUUACUGAAACAUUGAUUGUUUUGAUCCCUAAAGUGGAUAACCCUGAAACAGUUAAAGACUUUCGUCUAAUUGUGUUAUGUAAUGUGUUAUAUAAGAUUGUGGCUAAAGCUUUGGCAAACAUAUUUAAAAGGGUUCUUCCUAUGAUUAUCUCUGAGAAUCAGUCUGCCUUUAUCCCUCAUCGGUUGAUUACCGAUAAUGUUAUGGUUGCGUUUGAAAUGAUUCACAAUAUGAAAAAUAAUAAGGGCAGAAAUGAUGGUAAUUGUGCACUUAAAAUUGAUAUUUCUAAGGCUUAUGAUAUGGUAGAGUGGGAGUUUCUAAAACGCAUGCUGGAACGAUUUGAUUUUUCUACUCAAUGGAUUAGGUGGUUGACUAUGUGCUUUUCAGAAGUUUCUUACAAUAUCAAUUUUAAUGGUGAUUGGAUUGGUCCUAUUGUGCCUGGUAGAGAUGAUUCUUUGCUAUUUUUUAAUGCUAGACUGAAGGAAGUAGAUAGUAUUAAAUCUAUUCUCAAUACCUAUGCGGCUGCUUCUGGACAAGUGGUGAACUUCAACAAAUCUAGCAUUUUCUUCAGUCCCAAUGUGGUCUCCUCUAAGAAUGGUCAAUGGCUUUUGGUGGGGGGUAAAAGAGAAGGGCGGAGGGGUAUUAAUUGGCUAGCGUGGGAGAAGAUGUGUAGUAGAAAGAAGGAGGGGGGUAUGGGGUUUCAGGACUUUAGGAGUUUUAAUUUGUCUUUACUUGGCAAACAAUUGUGGAGAUUCUUAACAAAUCCUAAUACUCUUUGUUAUAGAGUGUUUAAAGCAAUGUACUUUCCAAAUGGUGAUUUAUUUUCCGCCAAUGUAAGUAAUGGUGCUAGCUUUAUUUGGAAAAGUGUGAUGGCAUCAAGGGAGUUGAUUCGAAGGGGUACAAGGUGGAGGGUGGAUAAUGGAGAGAAGAUUUUAGUGGCUUCAGCUCCUUGGAUUCCUAAGGAGGAUACCUUUUUUGCGGAUGAUGGCCCCGAUUUUAUUGAACCACAUUUGCAUGUUUGUGAUCUUUUUGAAGGUAAUGGGAGGGUUUGGAAUAUUGCUCUUUUAAUGGAGCUUUUUUCUUCAAGAGAUAUCAGGGCUAUUAUUAGUAUUCCUAUUAGUAUUACCAGUAAGGAAGAUUCCUUCUUGUGGCACUUUGAUAAAAGAGGUGUGUAUACGGUGAAGUCCGCAUACUUUGUGUGUAUUGACCUGUUAGGAAGAUCAUCUUUUAAUGUGGGAGGUGAGUUGUGGACUAAUUUGUGGAAUGUUUCGGUCCCUCCAAAAGUGAAAGAUUUCUGUUGGAGAGCUUAUAGAAAUAUAUUGCCUACAAAGGAUAACUUAAGGCAAAAGGGUGUGGAUGUGGAUGCUAGAUGUCCUUGGUGCCAUGAAGAUGAAAGUAUUUUGAAGUCUCAAGACAAGGUUCGAAAAACCUUUGUAAUGGUCUGUACAUGGAGAUUAUGGUCAGUAAGGAACUCAUUAUUACGGAACCAGGUGCAAAAUUUAGCAGCUCACCUUGUGGAAGACGUCAUGCAUCAUAUCUUGGAUUGGGAAGCUGCUCAACAUGCUGGUAGUUUGCAUGGAAAUACCACUGCUACUUUAUAUCAAGGCAGGAACUUGUUUUAUUUCUCCAACCCUGGUCGUGAUCCUGAAGUCAUUCCUCUCCAAUUCGUGUGUCAUCUUCAAGUUUGGACAAUUUCAGUUGGCUUUGUCAAGUUGAUGGAGCUUUGUUUCAAGCUCAAGACUUUAUUGGCUACGGUUUUGUUGUGGAAAACUCUGAGGAUAUAUUUCAAUGUGGUGUUUCUGGUUUCUCGGAAGGUAAUUGUACGCCGGUAA